GUUUGGUAGACAGGCCCUGUUACCGAAUAAGAAAUCGAAAACAAUCAUUCCAACUGGAAACAUUUUUUAGUAAAAAGAACGAAAAUAGGAAAUGUUAAAGGCAAUAUUCAUUUUAGCGCUGUUAAUAAAUCUAUCAGAAAGCUAUGGUUUUUGCGUUCUGAAAUUACUGACUGCAACUGAAACAAAUAGGCUAAUAACCACACCAAACUACUUAUCAAGUGGUUAUAAAAGUAAUCAACAUAUAUGCUGGCUAAUAACAACUGAUAACAAAUCUCAAAUUGAGAUUAAGAAUGUCGAUGGAUAUUUGGAAUAUUCGAGGAACUGUUCAAAGGACUAUGGAGCUGCUUACGAUUUCUAUCAACUUAAUAGAAGACGACUAUUGUGGAAAUUUUGCGGAAGAUCAGUGAAUGGCAAUAGAAUAAGAUCUACAACAAAUAAAAUCUUUAUUGAAUUUAAAUCUGAUGGAUGGAAUUCUGGAUACAAAGGAUUCAAGUUAACCUACGUUAAAUAUAAAUCCAGUGAUGUGAAGAGCAGUUCCAUUGCCGCUGUUGUAGUUAUUGUUAUAGUUCUUUGUUUAAUUAUUGUGUUUGCAAUAGUCACGGCAAUUGUUUGUGGUUUUGUUCAUCACCAUAAUCGUUCCCGACGUCUUAAUGCAACAAUUAUGCCUUCUCCUCAGACAACUCCGUUCGUGUUUUCUGUUCCAGUGAUGAAUCAUGUGGUCACUGGACGCCAAAUGAAUAUGAACAAUGAAAAUGGAGUGCAGGUCGCUCCUCCUCUUCAUCCUCAACACCAUAAUCAACGACCUCCACCAUAUAAUGACCAAUAUGAUUAUCAACAAGUUGUCCUUCCCCCAUACGAUCCUCCGCAGUAUCAAGCAAUGACAGCACAGCCUUCUAUAUACCAAUAG